CAUAUUUUUUGCGGAAGCGGUUGACUAGACAUAGAGGGAAUAAGCAAAACGUCAAUUUGACAUUGUCUGAAGCCUGGGAAGUGUCCAGAAUGGAAACCAGUGUGAGUGACAACUCAGAACAAUCAAAGCUUGAGGAGUUGCCAUUAUAUAGUUACGAGACACUGGCUAAUGCAACAGAAAAUUUUCAUGCGAAGAAUAAGCUGGGGACAGGUGGCUUUGGUCCUGUGUUCAAGGGGAAACUUUUGAAUGGCCAGCAAGUUGCGGUGAAAAGGCUUUCAAACUCUUCGAAUCAAGGGAUAAAGGAAUUUAUGAAUGAGGUGGUUCUCAUUUCUAAGCUGCAACACCGUAAUCUUGUUAGACUCCUGGGCUGCUGUGUCCAAAGAGAGGAAAAAAUGUUAGUCUAUGAAUACAUGCCGAACAAAAGCCUGGAUUUCUACGUAAUUGAUUCAAAAAAACGAAAUUUACUAGAUUGGGACAGACGCAAAUUCAUCAUUGAAGGGAUUGGCAGAGGCCUCCUUUACCUUCACAGAGAUUCAAGAUUGAAAAUUAUACACAGAGAUUUGAAACUAAGCAACAUCCUGUUAGAUGAAGAGCUAAAUCCAAAGAUAUCAGAUUUUGGCUUAGCAAGAAUUUUUGGAGGCAACCAGGAUCAAGCCAACACAAAUAGAGUUGUAGGAACAUACGGCUACAUGGCUCCUGAAUAUGCGAUGGGUGGCCAGUUUUCAGAGAAAUCAGAUGUAUACAGCUUUGGAAUAUUGUUAUUAGAGAUCGUAAGUGGAAAGAAAAAUACUAGCUUCCAUUAUGACGAGAACAAACUGAGUCUGAUAGGAUAUGCCUGGAAACUGUGGAAUAUAAAACAAGCCAUAAAAUUGUUAGACCCACUAUUAUCUGAUCCACGAGUUGAAGUGGAGGUCUCGAGAUAUGUCCAUGCGGGAAUAUUGUGUGUGCAAGAAUCUGCCAGUGAUAGGCCAAACAUGUCUAAUGUUCUUUCAAUGUUGAACAGUGAAAUUGCAGAACUUCCUCCUCCUAAAUUACCAGCUUAUACUGCAACAUUGGGUUUAUCAGAAAGUGAAUCUUCACAACAUUCUGUUAAUGAUGUCAGUUUUACAACUCUCCAAGGAAGAUAGC